AUUCAUUUUUGCCUCAGCGGAAGCAAGGCAACUCCGAAGAAGACUCCUUCUCCUUUGGCUCAGAGUCAGAGCAGGCAGCUACGCUAUGCGUGCCAAUGCGCGAUCUCCAUCGACAUUAGCAAUCAUUCGUAGUAACCUCGCCCUUGUUUACUUGUUAAUUAAUCUUUCUCUGUCGGCCACCAAUUUGCUUGUCGACCCCAUCACGAUUUCUUCAGAUCCCAGGCAUUCAUCGUCAAUUCUUGUUUCUCUACCUUUCUCUCUUACCUGAAUGUGUAAAACCAAAAUGGCCGUCGACGCUUUCACCCCUAACUCAAGAGCUCCAUCAUCUUCCAGACCCACCCUACCCACCCCCGCCGCGGCCGCAGCUUCUUCCUUUGACCCCUCUACCUCUUUCACCAGCUCUGCCGUUUACUCUGGCUCCUCCGGUUUCAAACUCACCUCCGACACCUCUAUUUCGAGCGGAGCCUCUCUCGCUAGUUUCCGAGACAGCCUCCCUGAAAACCCCCACAUCUAUGACUUCUCUGAAAUUUGCUCCGCCACCAACAAUUUCCUCGCCAAGCGUUAUUCCUCCUCCUCUUCUACUCCCUCUUGGCGAUGUACUCUCAGAGGCAGAGACGUCAUUGUUUUCCAGCGCAAAUUUCGUCGCAAACUCCAGACGAAUCAGAAUGAACUCAGAGAACGUCUCUCUGUGAUCUGCCGUAGUCAUCACGUCAGCAUCAUCAAGCUUGUUGGUGCUUGCAUCUCGGGCGAUCACAUCUACCUCGUGUACGACUUCGUGAACGGGGCUAAUCUCUCCGACUGCUUGAGAAAUACGAAGAACCUUAACUUCACGGUUCUGUCCAGCUGGAUUUCUAGAAUGCAGGUUGCUACGGAUCUCGCCGAAGGGCUCGAUUACAUUCACAACAAGACCGGCUUAAACCUAAACUUCGUGCACAAUCACAUCAAGAGCAGUGCGAUAAUCGUGACGGAACCUUCGUUCAACGCCAGGAUUUCUCACUUCGGCGCCGCCCAGCUGUGCGGUGAGAUCGACGAAGAGAGCGAAAAUGCUAAACAGAUGGAAGAGAUUGCAGAGGAGUCAUCUUCCUCCCAAUCUUUCACGAAAUCAAAGGGCGUAACACGAUCGAGAAGCUCUAACAUGCAAUUCGAGGGCGUAAGAGGGUACAUGGCACCGGAAUACCAAUCCUCCGGCAUGGCAACCCAGAAGUCCGACGUGUACGCUUUUGGGGUAGUGAUCUUGGAGUUGCUAUCGGGAGACGAACCGUUGAAGUUCAAAUACAAUAAGAAGACCGGCGAAUUCGUGAGCAACUCGGUGAUCGAUACGGCGAGGGCCGUUCUCGACGGCGGGGGUGGCCUGGGAGGGAGGCUGAGGAAAUGGGUGGAUCGGAGGCUGAAGGACUCGUUCCCGGUCGAGGUGGCAGAGGAAGUGGCACGUGUAGCACUGGAUUGCGUACACGUGGACCCAGAUAAGAGGCCCAGUAUGGGACGCGUUGCUGGAAAAAUCUCGAGGCUAUAUCUGAAGUCUAGGAUUUGGUCCGAUAGGAUGAGGACGCCCACCGAUAUUCUUUCAACCUCGUUCGCCCCUAGAUGAGUUUGGUGAUGUCUUUCUUUUUUUUUUACCCUCAAUAGAACGCGAAAAAAACCAUCUUGGUGACAAAUUAUUCUUGCUUUUAGCUUUCAAUAGAGAUUUUUUUUAUUCGAUUA